AUGACGGCUGCGGCUGCUGUUGCAACAGCACAGUCUGUACAGAGUAUACCAGCAGACUGCCCUUCAUUCUACAAUUACUCUCUUGUCCCGCACGGCCCUUUCUCUGGAGGCAUUUACAAUCUGUCGUACAUGCGACCAAUCCCAGAAUGCCGCACUUUCAACUCUUCCGUUGUCGAAAGCGCCGUGAAUAGUACAGCAGCGGGCAUCACAGAUCCUGAUCUCAGGCGGCUAUUCAUCAAUUCUUACCCAAACACGCUAGACACGGCUAUUGCAUGGCACGGCUACGCCAAUGGCUCGGACGAAGAGUUGACAUUCGUUAUUACGGGUGAUAUCAACGCGAUGUGGCUGCGAGACUCGGCAAACCAGAUGCAGUCUUACCUGCCACUUUUGACAGCCAGCAACUCCAGCAACUCGCUUGCUUCGCUCUACCGAGGUGUGAUCAACCUUCAGUCACGAUACAUACUGAUCGACCCGUACUGCAAUUCCUUCCAGCCACCUGUGGAGUCAGGUAUUGAGCCGUCACCCAACCCAUCAGCCAGCGACGACAUGGUCACUCCGAACUACACGAAUACGUCUGUCUUCGAAUGCAAGUAUGAGCUAGACUCUCUGGCGGCCUUCCUCGAAGUCAGUACCAACUACUACAAUGCUACGCAGGAUGCAACGUUUUUCAAGAAGUACAACUGGGUGCAGGCCGUCGAGUCAGUCUUGGCAGUGGCCCAGAACAUGACAGUCCCAACGUACCAGGCGAACGGCAACGUUAGUACACUGUCGUACAGUUUCACUCGCCUCACGAACAGAGCUUCCGAAACCACGGAAAAUGGUGGCUUGGGCAACCCGUUCAACAACGGGACUGGAUUGAUCCGUUCGUUCUUCAGACCGUCUGAUGAUGCUACGAUUUUCCAAGGCUUCAUCCCAGCCAACAUGAUGUUCUCGCGUUACCUGGCAUCUGCGGCCGAUAUAGCGUCCGUCAUUGGAGAGACUGCGCUAGCGAGCCAGAUGAGUACAUUAGCAUCAAACCUUCGGACAGCAAUCACGAACCACGGCAUUGUCAGCAGCGCGAUGUACGGUCAGAUCUAUGCGUUCGAGGUCGACGGCUAUAUGGGGCAGAACAUCAUGGAUGAUGCCAACAUUCCAAGCUUGCUUGCCGCACCGUUUUUCGGCUACUUGAGCGUCAAUGACACAGUGUAUCAGAAUACCCGGAAGCUCUUGCUCAGUGCCAACAACCCUUACUUCAUGCGCGGACCGGUCAUCAACUCCAUCGGUGGUGCCCAUGACGGGCCUGGGUUUGCUUGGCCCAUGGCGUCCAUUGUCCGCAUUUUCACAAGCAACGACGACGCAGAGAUUGCACAGCAACUGCAGGAGAUUGUUAGCAGUACUGAUGGGCUUGGUUUGAUUCAUGAGAGUAUCAAUACUUUCAAUGUGAGCGACUGGACUCGGCAGUGGUUCUCUUGGGCAAACGGUCUGUUCGGCCAAUGCAUUCUCGACUUGCAAGACCGCAAACCACAGAUUCUGAAGCAAUCCUUCCAAGGUAACAGCACCACAACGGUUGGCAGUACCACCGUAAGCGGUUCGUCGACGACUGCAUCCACAAGUGGCUCGGCUCAAAGCAGCACGUCUCCGAGCAGUGCGUUAAGCGGUUCGUCAACAAGCGGUUCGUCAACAAGCGGCGCAUCAGCAAGCGGCGCAUCAGCAAGCGGCGCAUCAGCAAGCGGCGCAGCUUCAAGUGGCACGCCUGCGAGCCUCACUUCUGUGAGCGUGAGCUCGACAAGCGGCACAUCCGCCAGUGGCACGCCCAGCGCCACGCCCAGCGCCACAUCUACUGGAAGUAACCCUCCCAAUAGCGGAUCAUUUGGCGGUAGCUCGUGGCAGAGGCCAGGUUGGACCGGGGGUUGGUGGUCGGAGACAUAG